UGGAUUUUAUUAUCACCGGACAGAAAAUAACCCCCAACUGGGAAGAAGGUUUUGUCCUAGCUGGCUUCACUUUGAGUGGAGGGCCAGGCAAUCCAGGGGAACCAGACUUACUAGUAGGCUGAGGCUGCCUACCAGAGGGGAUGUGAGGAAAAAGGUUGGAAAUGGUGAACUGUGGGUACCUGCCUUGAGUGGGUAGACCGGUUGAAACAGGAAGCUCUAAGCCUGUUAGGUAUGGAGCUGGGGAAUCAAGAGGGAAGGAAGCCUGGAGACUCCGAGGAAUCCGCCAGGGCUGGGGUUCCUAGGAAUGCUGAUAUGGUACAAGAACCAGAAGUUCCAGAAGAUGUAGCUGUGGGGGGAGCCCCUGAAGAGGCCACAAGGAGGGUGGAGGGGCCUGGAGUCUCCCCGAAUGUGCACAUAUUAAGUGACCCAGAGGGGGCAAGAAGAGUCUUCAGGUAUGUAGACAGUGGGAAAAUCUCUGAGGAGGACCAAAUGGAAAACGCGGAGGAGAGAAGAGAAACAGUGGAGACAAUACUGCAAGUCCAGGAGUCCGAAACUGGGGAGGAAUCUGAGGUGUCUGAAAAGAUCAGUGAGGAGAUCCCUGAGGGGAGCUCACCAGCAAGGCCGAAGAAGAGGAAGUAUGGCCAGCACAGCCUGGAGGAGCAACUGGGCUGGCAGCAAGAUCAGAGAAGGGAUUUAGGCCAGCCUAGCCAGGGUGAGGAGCAGUACUUAGAGCCCAGUGUGGAGGGGACAGAGCAGGGCUCUCACUCAAAGACAAUGAAGCCCAAGAGUUUAACUGCCAGUCUGCUGAAACGCCGCAAGAGUCAGGGCAAGUACCGCCUGGAGAGGAAGCCCAGCUUGCUGAACCGACCUGAGUCUUCAGCUCCGGGCACCUUGUCCUCGGCUCCUGGCCCGUCCAUGGCGCCUCGCCAGUCCCUGACACCUCUCCCGUCCCUGGCACUUCGCUCGACCCUAGCUCACCGCGCGGACUUUGCUUUACGCUCCUCCCAGCCUCCCCGGGUGUCACUACCGUUUCGGGCGUCUGUGGUGCCUCCGGUGCCUCUGGGUCUGGAGUCGCACAAUUCGGGCACCUUGAGGAAGGAGAGCUCCGGCUACAUACUGGAGUCGGAUCAGAAAAGCAGGCGGCAGACCAUACGCUUCAGCCUCCUCCCCAAGUCAUCUCGCCGCCUGUCACAGCGGUCCGCAGGCACCUGUGUCUCGCUCAUCAGUGCUUACAACGAGCUGGCAAAGCUGGGCGACCCCGACCUGCUGGAGAUGGUGGAGCAGGAAGGCUUAAAAGUUAAAGAAAUAGACUAUGCUCUCCAAAGGAGUGAGAGCCUGGGCGGCAAAGAGACCAGCUUCCUCAUCCCUGAAGACUCACAGCCACUGCCCGAGAAGCGGUUCAAUUUGUUCCUGAGGAGGCGUCUCAUGUUUCAGAGGAGCGAACAAAGCAAAGACUCAGUCUUCUUCAGAGAUGGAAUCCGGCAGAUUGACUUCGUCCUGUCCUACGUGGAAGAUGUAAAGAAAGACGGAGAGCUGAAGGCAGAAAGAAGACAAACGUUUGAACAAAAUCUCAGAAAAACAGGUCUUGAGUUGGAAAUAGAAGACAAAAUGAAUUCUGAAGAUGGGAAAACCUAUUUUGUGAAGAUCCACGCUCCGUGGGAAGUCCUGGUCACUUAUGCUGAAGUGCUGGGAAUCAAGAUGCCUAUUAAGUUGAGUGACAUCCCACGGCCAAAGUACUCACCCCUGUCUUACAUGCUUGGACCUGUGAAGCUCCCAUUGGGCGUGAAGUACCCCAAACCUGAGUAUUUCACUGCCCAGUUCAGCAGACAUCGUCAGGAGCUCUUCCUCAUCGAAGAUGAGGCCACUUUCUUUCCAUCCUCAACAAGGAACAGAAUUGUUUACUAUAUUCUGUCACGAUGCCCUUUUGGAGAAGAAGAGGGAAAGAAAAAGAUUGGGAUUGAAAGACUGCUGAACACGAACACUUAUUUAUCUGCCUACCCGCUCCAUGAUGGCCAGUAUUGGAGGCCAUCAAAAACUUCUCGAAUCAAUGAAAGGUACGUCCUUUGCAAGAACUGGGCUCGAUUUUCCUACUUUUACAAGGAGCAACCUUUUGAUUUGAUUCGGAAUUAUUAUGGAGAAAAAAUCGGUAUCUAUUUUGUAUUUCUCGGGUAUUACACAGAAAUGCUGUUGUUUGCGGCUCUGGUUGGCUUAGCCUGCUUCAUCUACGGCUUGUUAUCAAUGGAAAGUAACCAAACUAGCAUUGAAAUCUGUGACCCUAACAUUGGCGGUCAGAUGAUCAUGUGCCCACUCUGUGAUGAAGUGUGUGACUACUGGAGACUUAACACCACGUGUUUGCAUUCAAAGUUCUCCCAUCUGUUUGAUAAUGAGUCGACUGUGUUCUUUGCGAUCUUCAUGGGGAUCUGGGUCACACUGUUUCUGGAGUUUUGGAAACAGCGUCAGGCCAGGCUUGAGUAUGAGUGGGAUCUGGUGGACUUUGAAGAAGAACAGCAGCAACUCCAGUUGCGGCCUGAAUUUGAAGCUAUGUGUAAACACAAGAAGAUGAAUCCUGUGACACAGGAGAUGGAGCCACAUAUGCCUCUGUGCCAUCGCAUCCCCUGGUACUUUGUGUCAGGGACCACAGUGACCUUUGGGAUGGCCCUCCUCCUCAGCAGUAUGGUGUCCAUUAUCGUGUACCGCCUAUCAGUCUUUGCCAUUUUUGCCAGCUUCAUGGAAAGUGAAGCCACCCUGCAGAGCGUGAAGCGCUUCUUCACCCCGCAGCUGGCCACUGCUCUCUCUGCAUCCUGCCUGAACUGCCUUGUCAUCUUGAUACUGAAUUUUUUUUAUGAGAAGAUAUCUGCCUGGAUUACAAAAAUGGAAAUACCUCGAACUCACCAGGAGUAUGAGAGCAGCCUCACUCUGAAGAUGUUUCUCUUCCAGUUUGUGAACUAUUACUCAUCUUGCUUCUAUGUGGCCUUCUUUAAAGGGAAAUUCGUGGGAUAUCCUGGAAGGUACACAUAUAUGUUCAACCUAUGGAGAAGUGAAGAGUGCGGUCCUCCAGGCUGUCUGAUAGAGCUGACCACCCAGCUCACCAUCAUCAUGAUUGGGAAACAGAUUUUUGGAAACAUCCAUGAAGCCUGUCAACCCUUGAUUUUUAAUUGGUGGAGACGCCGAAGAACCCGGACCCACUCUGAGAAACUGUACAGUCGUUGGGAGCAAGAUCAUGACCUUCAGGUUUAUGGACAUCGUGGGCUGUUCUAUGAGUACUUGGAAACAGUUAUGCAGUUUGGGUUUGUCACGCUGUUUGUGGCCUCUUUUCCCCUGGCACCCCUGUUUGCUCUCAUGAACAACAUCAUGGGAAUCCGAGUGGAUGCCUGGAAACUGACAACUCAGUACAGGAGACCUGUCGCUGCGAAAGCUCACUCCAUAGGUGUCUGGCAAGACAUUCUUUACGGAAUGGCCAUCCUUUCUGUUGCAACUAAUGCCUUCAUUGUCUCAUUCACAUCUGACAUCAUCCCCCGGUUAGUUUACUUCUAUGCCUACUCAAAGAAUUCCACAGAGCCCUUGAGUGGAUACAUCAAUAACAGCCUGUCAGUGUUCCUGAUAGCUGACUUUCCCAACCACACAGUGCCCAUGGAGAAAAAAGACUUCGUCACCUGCAGGUACAGAGAUUAUAGGUACCCUCCUGAUCACAAGGGCAAGUAUGGCCAUAACAUGCAAUUCUGGCAUGUCCUUGCCGCCAAGAUGACCUUCAUCAUAGUAAUGGAACACAUUGUGUUUCUGUUUAAAUUUUUAUUGGCCUGGAUGAUACCAGAUGUUCCUAAAGACGUCGCGGAGAAAAUCAAACGAGAAAAGUUAAUGACUGUCAAAAUAAUCCAUGACUUUGAGCUCAACAAGUUGAAAGAAAACUUGGACGUUGAAUAUGGUAACAUCAUGAAGAAUAUGUCAGUAAACAAUAAAUCCCUGAAGGCCAAAACUUCAGUCUAAUCCACACACAGGUGGAGAAGCUUUAUGCACUUUCUCUGUCCACGGUUGCCUCUGCUUUUUGGGCUGGAUGCUGGAAGCCAUGUAGCCAUUUGUUUUUCUUUCCUUCUUUUAUUUUUAACUCAGUGUCUUUAUGCACUUCAAUAGAGACUGGCAGUGUGCUCUCAGAAGAGAAUGUAGGCUGGCACCAUCCACUGGGUGAUUCCAGGACCCUCCGGGGUCCUAUAAACAGUUAUAGGCGGAGCCUGUGGAUUCGGCAUACGGGACAUCAUGGAUUGUUGCUACCUAGAUGAAACCAUGACCUGGGGGACCAGGUGCUCUGUCACUACCCAGGGCAACUGUACAUCUCUACCGUCAACUCUUGAGUGUUUCCUGUCUCCCACCAGACAAGAAAAGGAUUGUUUCAAAGAGAAAACUAAGCAAAGAGAUCCACCAAGUCACAAAACAUCUGCUGUUGUAAAAUGCACAAAUGAAAGCGAAAAUCAGAAGUCUUGGGAAAUCUCACCUACUAACAAACACUGGGUAAAAAUGAUAGGAGCAGUGUGCACUUAAUGAUGUCAGGUGAAAGGUAGCUUCAAUCAGAAUCCCAGAUAGCCUUUCCUAAAAGUUGAAUUCCUUUCCCUAUGAGACUAAAUGAAUUUUUAUAAAAGAGAGUCAAAAGGCUCUUAAAGGUAGUGUUUCCAUUCUGUUGACUGCUUUCAACAUCAUGGUGGCUGCAGGUCUCGUAAGUGCAGGUAUUGUGUGAAGUCAGCGUGUCUUCUUAAGCGUUAAAGAAUUCAAGACAACACAUAGAGAUUAACUCAUUUGAUUAUAAAGUGGAACUUUUUAAAUUUCUCUGAAAUGCUGAUUUUUGCAUCAUGAAGCCUUUUUGAGCUCUAUCCAUUUGUAGAAGUUGGGCACAGUUUACAAAAUGUGACUCUUUUUGCUCUAAACAAACUCUAAACCUUGUAAGUUUACAGUCUUUUCGUGGGCUACACAGCCCUUCAACAUCUAGUGCCUUCUUUCUAUGCCCUUGACAUAUGAACAAUUGUCUAAAUGACUGUUGAUUUGACAUGAUACAACAUUUCAGAUGUCAACUUGUCUUCUCUUAGAGAAACUGUCAGUGUUGUGAGCACAGAGUUUAUCACCAAAACAUAAUCAACAACAUGAGAAGGUGAUAGGUAGGAAAAAGUCUAUUUGUUAAAUGAUCCCUUCCACACUUUUGGCUAUGUGGAUAUACCUCGAUUCUUGUCAUUGGUUCAGUUAAUACGGUACCACACAUGUGUCUGCAUAUAACUUACUACUGGACUGGGAGACAUAGUCCAGCUACAGUAUAGUCGAAUCUUCAGAUUUAAAUUAGAAUUCAGCUAUAGAGGAGUAUUUUUUAAAAUCACAUACAUACAAAAAAUUUGAUCACAAGAUUUUUUAAAAGUAGUGUUUGCUUACCAAUAACACGAUUUCACAGCAUAGCUGAUAUCACAGUAUUAACUACUGAUAGACAUUAAGUAUCUAAAACUAGGGAUUAUGGAUAUUAUAAAAAUGAUAAAAGAGUUAGCACAUCACAUUAUUGACAAUGUUGAUUUGUCACAUACUAGGUAGAUUUGGAAACAUGUUUGGGUCACUUGAAAUUAUUUCAUAAUUGAGAGAUAAUUUUGUUCUGUGGAGAUGGUCAACAUAAGACAACCAGUCAUCUUGAGGAUGAUUCUAUCCACAGGUGAGGUUCUUGUAGCCUAUCAAAUCACACUGUCACCACUGUGCUUGUCACACACACAGUGUACAUUGCCUUCUUCAUGGUGCUAUUUUUUUAAAGGAAGAUUGUAGGUCUUCUUUUGUUUUAUUUUUGUGGCUUGAAAAUAUUAUGAAGCUAGACUGGGAGAUAAGGCCAAAGAUGACUUGCAAAGCUGCCCCACACACUGCAGGUUCAAAAUCUGCAAUGCAAGCACUGAAUAUCCAGAGUAAUGGUAGAAACGAACAAAGCUGGACUUUAUCCUACAGCAAACACAUCCGAAGCUUUAUCUGCAUCUUCACUUUCAAGUGCAUUGUCAGAUACAUCACAUUGGCCUUGUGAUUUCCCACUGAGCACUUUCCUUUGCUUUCAUGACUCUGAGAAACUAGAGUCCCUUUCUGGAAAGUCUGUUAGCCAAAAUCAGGUGUAGUUUGUUCCAGCAGAAUUGCUUCGCUUCCACCGCCACAUUGGUUGAUGUAGCAAUGUUAAGCUAGCUGCGACAGACACCUGAUGUAUGCUGGGCCAGGAUGUGUUAAUACCUCAAUCAAACAGUUAGGCUUCAAUGCUAAAGCCCCAAACCGCACAACUCAUUUCAAAGUCGUCAUCAUCUUCAUUGAUUCUUUUACACAAAACCCAAAAUCCUUCACGCCACUUACUUUAGGCAUCAAAAGAAGGGGGGCUGUCAUUAAAUGAAAUGGUCUGAAUUUGGCAGUGUUUCUGGACUCCUGGAUUCCACACCCUUCCCGCCCUUUCAUCGUCAAGAGGAAAGACAGAUCUGUUUCCUCUGAAUAUCAUGUGGGAUUCUUUGGGAUACAGCUGUGGGUAAGAAUAGACAAAUCUCUCCUCACUGCUAUGCCAGUUAGUAAGGGUGAAAUAAUAUCUGGAGAAAUUCCAGGUUGACAAUUAGUGUGUGUCAAAAGAAAGCCUUUACUUGCAGAUUGUGUUUGUAGAGUCAUUGACUCUGCGCUCCAGCAAUAAUGGCACUGGCCAUUCAAAAAGAUAACUCAUUACUUCGGACAAACCUCUCAUAGUUAUUAUGUAAUUGAAUGAUGCCAUGAAGGGAGGCAUUGGAUUGCCAGACUUUGGACUCUGCCACAAGGAAUCAAUAGAACUAUCGUGUUACUAUUCUUGCAAUUUGAAUGUACUUUUCUGUAUAGUAAUUAAAGUAUGUCAGUUAUUUCAGCACUUUGUAAAUGUUAAUGACAACGUUUAAAACAUAAGGUAUAGUGUGGUCUAAACCGUGCGAGAUACAAGUGCCCAUUCCUCUAAAUAUGUCAUUGGAUGCAGGCUGCAGCUCUCCUGAUAUGAGAUGCUGUGUCCUGAGGUUAACUCUGGGUUUACAAGCUUGCUCUUUCCUCCCGCCCUUUUCCCCUCCAUUCCACCCCAUUCUUGCUUCCAUCCUUUUUCUUUGCCUCCCUCCCUCCCUCUCUUUCUCUUUCCUUCCUUCCCUUUUCCUUCCUGUAUUUCCUUCUGUUCUCUCCUAAAAGGAGGACGUGGGUAUUCAGAAAAAGUGGUCUUUAGUUAUAGACUUCAAAAGCCAAAUGACUCAGUGAGUAAAGUAGCAAAUAAUUUCAAAUAUGUUGACACAAAUAUCCUUUUCAUUUCUCUCCAUUUCAUUAUUUAAUAACUUCCCUAUACUACAGCUUUUUCCUUCUCCCCGUCUAUUUAUCCUUCCAAACUUUGAGGGCUUUGUUUUUUAAACCAUUUUAGUUCAUUUAGUGCUGUCUGUAUCAGCUUGAGUUUAGAGCUAAUUUCUUAAAUGAAGAACUUUUGAGAAGGUUUUUCAUGAGAUAUGUUGUUUUUCAGACACUUCUGAGCACAGCCAGACACAGGGUUAGCUCAGAAUGUCACUGUAUCACCCUGAAAGGGCAGAGUCAAUUAGGAGUAGCUUAAUGGGUCUAGAGAAAUUGCUGUAAGCACUUUGACAGAGACUGCCAAACAGGCAGCCUGGCCUACCUUGAGUUGCACAAAGUCACUUAGGAUCAGGGCAGCCAAGCCUCCACAGCUGCUCUAGUCCUGUCCCUCCUAUCACAUCCAGAGACUCUCAGUUGGAUAGAUUUAUACCUCUAGUUCCCACUUAUUAAAGAUAUUAUAUUCACUACAUUCAACCAAUAUACUUUUAAGGCCAGAAUGCUCAGAAGUCAAAUGAUUGCACCACAUCCUCAGUACAUUAUAGGUUGAUCAUAGGAUCAUACAGGAUGUAAAUGAUGAAGCAAAAUUCUAAAUAUUAUGGGGAAGGCAUUUCCUUUGAAAUUACAGUCUGGGAUAAAAUGUGCCAUCAGGCAUGGGCGUGAAACAGCGGAGCUCCUGAAUAGUGAGUGGCCUUGUGUCUUCUAUUGCUUAUGUCAAUCUGCAACCAAGUUCCACUGAUGGGAGUGCAGGGCUCAGCAGGAGGGGACAUAGGGGAGAAAAGAGAGCAAACAAACUCGGUGGAUUGUAUGUUCGUCAUAUCAUGCUGAUCUUCAAGAAUAGUCACAAAAAGAAACCUUAGCUGCUUUGCUGCCAUCUGCCAUUUUGGCAAGUAAGAUCUGGUUACAUUUUUCAUCUUUGUGACAAAAUACCCAACCAAUGCAUAUUACGGAAGGUGGGAUUUAUUUGGGCUCACUGCCUGAGGAUUUGGCUUAUCAUCAUGGGGAAAACAUGGCAACAGAGCAUGAGGACAGCUGGUUUCAUUGCAUCUGUAAUCAGGAGGCAUGAAUACUGGUUUAUUCAGUUGGGAAAUCCAGCCAAUAUGAUGAUGCCACACAUAUCCAAGGAAGGUACCUUCCCGCCCAGCUAAACGUACCUGGAAACACCCAGACGUGUGUUUCUAGUAGCGAUUCUAAGACCAGUCGAAUUGACAGGAUUAACCAUCUCAGACCUUAUAGGAAAAGAUUUCUUGAACAAACAGGCACAGGCCACAGCUAUCCCUAAGCUUAGGAAGGUUAUAAACCACACAAAAAGCAUGUUCAACAAACUAGAUGUAGUUUACUUCCAUAAAGUGCUCCCAGUAAUUGAAAAACAACAACCUCUUCUAACUCACAUUCUGAACAACUUAAAUGUCUGAUCGUGUACAAUCUCAAAACCAAACACAACCAAUAAACUUCAAAGAACUAAAA